UUCCCCGGAAGUUACCCAUGCGACUUGGAGGCGCACCGGCUCCGUAGAGCAGAAACAUCGCAUUAUGGCCUCUCUGUGAGCCUCCUGAUGCGACAGCAGUGUACAUACCUAACCGGCAAUCCGUCACCAUCGACGCCUUGAUCAUGGACCUCCGGUCCAGAGGCUUUUUUCGGGGCCAUCGGAGUUGUCAAUAGUACUCCCGAAGUACUAUAUUAUUUGAUUUUGAGCACCGUCACUUGUGCACGCCCGGGGAUUUAAACCGAAGUGACAGUAGUAGCACUCACCCCAUCUGCCGGUUAGCUCGCUAACUAGCUCGCUAAGUCAAUAGCCAAGAAGGGCAUCACUUUUCUUUUUUGGAGUAAAAGGACAACACAGCUACUUUCACUAACAGAAGACUGAACAGAGGCCGACUCCCCGAGUUCCCAUCUUUACAACAUAUUCACUAUUGAUUCCUGAAAGGCUGGCAACACAACGCCACCCUAAUGCAGAACCAUAAAAGAACGUGAAAUGAACAAACCACCACAGCCUAUAACGGGACCCACUUCUGUCCCAAACCCUGCCCCUUCCCCCGGAUUGACACAGGCAGCCUACGGCCCUGGACAACCCCCUUCUAUAGUUUUUGCCACCCCUCCACCUCCACAAAUGAACUCUGCAUCACAGCCAAGACAGUUUGCUGCAGGGCCCCGUACUUUACACCAACAGGGUGGAUACAGAGCAUUACAGAAUUACUAUCAGAACCGACCAGCCAUGGCCACCAACGCUCCAAGAGUACAGACGAGUAGUGGCCCAAGACCUGUCGGACCUGCUCACGUCUACCCGCCCAGCUCCCAGAUGAUGAUGAUUUCCCAGCAGCAGCUUUCUUUCGCUAGCUCCCCUCAGGGCUACUUCAUCCCCCCUGGACAGUACCGGGCCCCUUAUAUGCCUCCCACUCAGCAGUAUCCUGUGAACAGCGGCACAGCAGGCUUCUAUCCAGGAACGAGCCCUGCUGAAUACCCAGCUUAUGCAGGAGCAUACUAUCCAGCUCAGCCGCAGUACUCUCCGUCUGUCCAGCCGGCACCGGUCCUGAUCAACCCCGCACAACAACAGCAACAAGCCCCGCCUCCUCAGCAACCACCGGCACAGGCACAAGGCCCACCAAAGAGGAAAAGCAUACCGGUAGUGUGUCACAACAAAAGGAUAAGAAUACGAGACCCUAACCAGGGUGGGCGCGAUAUCACAGAGGAGAUCAUGUCAGGUGGAAGAUCCACCACCACACCAACUCCCCCACAGGCCUCCAUAGGAGAUUCAAGUCUUGCACAGACCAAUGGUAAAGUUACACAGCCUGUCACUACAGUAAGAAGAGAUGAAAACGUGGAGCCUCCUGCGAGCCCCGAAACCCCACCACUCCCUGCAACAGCUAAUACAGAGCCCGUGGUGGAGGCCAAACAGGAAACGGACAACCAAAUUACACCACCUGCUGAGUUAGCCACACAAUCUGUAGCUCCUGCAGCUGCUACUGAGGUGCCAACCCCAUUAAUAAAGGACCAGCAGUCUUCCGCUCCCCUCCCUUCAGCAGCAGCAUCACCUACUACUACUCCUGCUGAGACAGUAAAUGAAGUAGAUCCUAAAGUUAGUGACACAGUAGACGCUCCUGUUGCCCCUCCAGCAUCGUCUGCAGCACAGGAGGCGCCUGUCAAAAUGGAGGAACCGCAAGCUGCCCCAGCUCCAGCUGAGAAGGCACCAGAAGAGGAAGAGAAGAUAACAGAGGAAGUGAAGAAAUUCGAAAAAGAGGAGCAGGUGGCCAGCGCCAAGUUGGAGCCUGCAGUUGAGGUUGCUGCGACAGCUACCCCCGUUAUCGUGGCGAAAGAAGAAACUGCCACAAAGACGAUAACUGAAGUCUCUCAGCCUCCACCCUCUGCACAGGAACCUGCUGCUCCACCGACCCGCAGCGAUGCCCCGAGCCCUGCCCCCGAACCUGAAGCCACACUGGCUGAAACAACAGAGCUCCUUUCCAACGGUCUCCCUCAGGAUGCUGAGGAACUCGCCGAGGAUAUGACAUUUCCAGACACUACACCCCUUGACAAGCCCGACGCUUCUCAAUCUCAGGAAUCCACACCUGUGGCUAAAACGGCAAUGCCAGCCCAGGAGGAGGCGGCAGAGGAGAAGGAGAAGGAGGAGGACAAGAAGGAGGUGGAGAAAAAAGAGGAAGAGAAGGAGAAAAGUGAGGAUGCCCCUCCCGCCCCUGUUAGCUGCCCUACAGAGGAAUCUACUACUAUGCAAGCUGCUACGUCUGUGCCAAAGAAGAAGAAGAACAUAAAGGAGUUAAAUAAGAAGGACGCCAUUGGAGACCUCCUGGAUGCCUUCACAGAGGAGCAGGGCACUAAGCCCACUUCUGAACCCUCGUCCACUCAGGCCGACCCAGUCCCUGUUGCUCCAGCUGAACCUCCAGCUGAACCUCCCGCUGAGGUUGCAGAUGAGACCUGGGAGGAGAAAGAGGACAAGCAGAAUGCAGAACCCGACAAACCUAAAGCCACACCUGAGCCAACUGGGCAGAAAUACCAGUACAAAGGAGAACAAUGGAAGCCGAUUGACCCAGAAGACAAGAAGCGGUACGAUAGAGAAUUCCUCCUUGGCUGCCAGUUUAUCGGCGCCAGUAUGCACAAACCCGAGGGCCUGCCCAUCAUCAGUGAUGUGGUGCUGGAUAAGGCGAACAAGACUCCACUGCGGCCUGCUGACCCAGCUCGACUGAUGAAUGUUGGUCCUGAUUUUACUCCGUCAUAUUUGGGGAACCUUGGGAGCAGAUCAGUGGGAGGACCACGAGGCCCACCGCCCGGGCCACGUCACUCCCAGCAAGGUCAGAGGCCCAGGAAAAUCAUCAGCACAAUGUCCCUCGGUGAGGAUGUGCAGCUCAACAAGGCCGAGAAGGCCUGGAAGCCCAAGGCCAAGAAGUCUACUCGCAGCCGAGGCGAUGAGCCCGAAGAAGACGACCCUGAACAGGCUAAGACACAAGAGUUGUUCAAGCGUCUGCGCAGUAUCCUCAACAAGUUGACCCCCCAGAAGUUUCAGGAGCUGAUGAAGCAGGUGACGGACCUGGCGAUAGACACGGAGGAGAGGCUGAAGGGAGCCAUCGACCUCAUCUUUGAAAAGGCCAUUUCAGAGCCCAACUUCUCUGUGGCCUACGCCAACAUGUGCCGCUGCCUUAUGGGGUUGAAAGUCCCCACGUCAGACAAGCCGGGAAAUCAUGUGAACUUCCGCAAACUGCUGCUCAACCGUUGCCAGAAAGAGUUUGAGAAGGACCAGGAUGAUGAUGAAAUCUUUGAGAAAAAGCAAAAAGAGUUGGAAGCUGCUGUGGCAGGAGAGGAGCAAGACCGCUUGAGAGUGGAGCUGCAGGAGGCCAGAGACCAGGCCCGCCGCCGCUCUUUGGGCAACAUAAAGUUCAUAGGCGAGCUCUUCAAGCUGAAGAUGCUGACAGAGCCCAUCAUGCACGACUGCGUAGUGAAACUACUGAAGAAUCAUGAUGAAGAGUCUCUGGAGUGUCUCUGCAGGCUGCUCUCCACGAUUGGCAAAGACCUGGACUUUGAGAAGGCCAAGCCUCGUAUGGAUCAGUACUUCAACCAGAUGGACAAGAUCAUCAAAGAGAGAAAGACCUCAUCCAGAAUCCGCUUCAUGCUGCAAGACGUCUUGGACCUCAGAAAGAAUAACUGGGUGCCUCGUAGAGGAGACCAGGGUCCUAAAACAAUCGACCAGAUCCACAAGGAGGCGGAGAUGGAGGAGCACAGGGAACAGAUCAAAGUCCAGCAACUAAUGUCCAAGAAAGACGCAGGAGGCGGAGGAGGCGGCGGAGGAGGCAGGAUGGGAGGGAACAUGGGCGGCCGGGGCCCUCACACACCAGGAGGUGGAAGGCCCAGCCAGCCUCAGGAUGAGGGAUGGAACACGGUGCCCAUCUCCAAGAACAGACCCAUCGACACCACCCGCCUUAGCAAGAUCACAAAGCCUGGCGCUCUGGACUUCAACAAUCAGCUGUUGGCUCCAGGAGGAAAAGGCAUGUGGGGUAGCUGGGGCAAAGGAAGCAGUGGAGGAACUGGAGCUAAACCAGCAAGUGGAGAGCAAGAAUCUGGUCGUCCAGCCACCAGCACCCUCAACCGCUUCUCGGCGCUGCAGCAGUCUGGUUCGUUGCUGUCCACAGCAGACUCUGAUCGCAGAGUUCCUCAGAGGUCAAGUUCCAGCCGUGAGCGUGGCGGCGACAGAGACAGGGGUGAUCGCGACAGGGAUCGGUUUGACCGGUUCGAUCGCAGCGAAGGACGGGAAGGGCGUGACGACAGGAGCAGCCAGAACCAAAUCACUAAGAGAAGCUUCAGCAGAGAAUCGCAGGGCGGAGACGGCCGUGCAUCAACCGAGCCCGUGCGUCGCGUGGCCAGCAUGACAGACAACAGGGACAGGGGAAGCAGGGACAGAGGAAGUCGAGAUAGAGGAAGCAAAGACCGGGGAAGUAGAGACAGAGGAAGCCGGGACAGGGUUCCAAGCAAAGAUCUCCCAGUUAAGCGUGAGAGCGCCCCCACUCCUCCUCCUUCUCUUCCAAAGCCGACCUUGACUGAAGAGGAGGUGGAAAAGAAGUCGAACGCCAUUAUCGAAGAAUACCUCCACAUCAAUGACUUGAAGGAAGCGUUGCAGUGUGUGGCAGAACUCAACAGUGCCUCGCUGCUCUACGUCUUUGUGCGGAACGCCGUGGAGUCGACACUUGAACGCAGCACCAUCGCUCGGGAGCACGUGGGCCUGUUGCUGCACCAACUUGUAAAGGCAGGGACUCUGCCCACACAGCAGUACUACAAAGGGUUAGAGGAGACCCUGGAGGCUGCGGAAGACAUCGCCAUAGAUAUACCUCACAUCUGGCUCUACCUGGCUGAACUUAUAACCCCCAUGAUCCAUGAGGGAGGCAUCCCUAUGGGACAGCUUUUCAGGGAGAUCUCGAAGCCUCUUGUGCCUCUGGGGAAGGCUGGCAUGCUGCUGGUACAGAUCCUCAAGUUGCUCUGCAAAGGAAUGACUCCAAAGAAAGUCGGAGCCAUGUGGACAGAGGCUCGGCUGAACUGGAGCGAUUUCUUACCAGAGGAUGAAGACGUCAACAAGUUUGUCUCUCAUCAGAAGGUGGAGUUCACCACAGGAGAGGAGGCGGAGGUGAAGGAAGUCGGAAAGAAGGUCUUCACUGGAGAGGAGAUCAGCAAACAGCUGGACAGACUCAUGCAGGACAAGGCCAACAAUCAGCGUAUUAGAGACUGGGUCGAGGCUAACUUGGAAGAGCAGCAAACUGCUUCCAACCAGUUUGUACGAGCAUUGAUGACAUCAGUAUGUCAGUCUGCCAUCAUAUGUGACACCCCGUACAGGGUGGACGCACGGCAGAUCAACCUGAGGGCCAGUCUGCUGCAGAGAUACCUGUGUGACGAGCAGAAGGAGCUGCAGGCCCUUUACGCCCUCCAGGCUCUGAUGGUGCACAUGGAGCAGCCAGCAAACCUGCUGAGGAUGUUCUUUGACGCCUUGUACGACGAGGACGUUAUUAAGGAGGAGGCCUUCUACAAAUGGGAAUCCAGCAAAGACCCCGCAGAGCAAACAGGCAAAGGUGUGGCCUUGAAAUCGGUCACCGCCUUCUUCACCUGGCUGCGCGAGGCUGAGGAGGAGUCCGACAAGGAAUAAAAAAAAUUUAAAAAGACUGAACUAAAAGCUGCCGCCCCCCUUUGGCAAGGCGGGGGCUCUGCAGGCGGCUGCUGCGGAGAAAUCAUGGACAAUAUUGCCAGAGAGAGGCAGACUCGAAAUCAAUCCUCAAUGAGGAUAAAUGUUUAUUAUGUUUUCUUUUUCUUUGAGGGACGGACUCAGAAAACAAUCAUUUCUCUCUACUUUCCCUCUCUUGCUUCCUCAUUAUUUCUCCAUUUGCUUGUGACAGCAAGUGUCCUCAUCAAAUAAACUUGAAAACUGAUUCAGCAGGAUUGCUUGUUAACGAGGUGUGAAGUAUCCCACAUCACUACGAAACUUCUUUUUUUUUUUUUUUUUUUUUUUUGGUCACAAUAAUACAAAAACCAACAGCUGCUUUUUAUUUUUUAUUUUUAAAUGGUUCUAGAUGAUGAUGCCUAACAUCGAUCUGAUCUGCAAGAAUAAACAGCAGGCGUGUGGUGUAGUGGGUUCCCUGAUAACGUGGCUGUCGUCACGCCACCAUGUGUGUUCGAUCCAAACUCAGCUCUUAUGUCUUUGUCCCUACUGGAGUGUGCAGCAUGACUGAAGUGUGUUUCUAUUAAUGAUACUGUGGACGAAACGUCGAUAGAUAAACGUACAUGAACUAAUAUGAAUUUGACGGAUGGAGUUUUUAAAGCAAAGGUCGUCUAUUUUCUCUUCCUGUUUCCCUUCAUGAACUUGCAAAGGACAGAAACACGGAGGACUGAUGUUGACCUUUUUGACCUUGUGAGACUACUAGGGGGUGGUCUUAAUGCUUCCUCUAAGCCAUCCUCUCCCAUCCCCAGUAGUGAACCACACUGACUGACUUCAUCGUUACCUCUUCUAUACUUAAACCUGAGCUGUUGUAGAGGACACUUAAUGACCCAAUCACCGUUAAAACUUGAAAUCUACAGAAAAUUGACUUGAUGAAAUACGAUAUAUAAAGUUAAAAAAAAAAAAAAAAACUUAAAAAAACAAACAAAAAAAAACACAGAAAUGAUCCGAAAGCCUUUUCUACUUUAAGUGGAAACUUAUUUCAGGAGCGUUCUGUAAAUAUAUAAUAAUGAUAAUAAUUACAAAAACUUUUUUUUUUCUCAGUUUUAUUUUACAGAAACGAUAAAUUGCUGAUGUAAUUGCAGUGUGUCCUUUUCCAACAGAAACCGCAGUUGUCCGGAUGCAGAGAGGUGCUUUAGAUAAUCCAUUGAUUAUUAGUUGUAUUGGAAUUUUGUAAAUAUAUUUUUUUUUUUGCUUUCUUUAUUUAAGAAAUUAUUGCUUCUUUUGCAUCGGAAACUGGAAAGUUGAGGUAACGGAACAUUGCAAAUAAAGGACUUAUUAAGUU